AUGAAAGAAGCUAAUGCAUAUGAAAAAGAUAUAAGGCGACUUUUACCUGUUAUGCUAAUAGGUUUAGUAACCGUUGUUAUGUACACAAUAUUUGUUACAUUUUAUUGUAUGGUAUUAUUACAAAUUAAUGUGGAAAAACAAUAUGUAAAUAUAGAUCUCUUAAAUGAAGGAUAUACUAAAUUAAUAACAUUUCAUAUACUACUCUUUCUACUCAUAUGGUCUUUUUAUAAAACAUACAAAGUAAACCCAGGAAAUAUUCCUGAUAAUCAUGAAUGGAGAGUUGAACCAAAUAUUGGAAGAAUAAAGGAAAGGGAAAAAACAGGUGAACUUCGUUAUUGCAUUCAUGAGAAAAAAUAUAAACCCGAUAGAUCACAUUAUUGCCGGGCAAUCGAAAAGAAUGUCUUAAAAAUGGACCAUUAUUGUCCAUGGGUGGCUAAUUGUGUAGGAUUUUAUAAUUAUAAAUUUUUUUUGUUAAGUUUAUUUUAUGCGAAUAUAUGUUGCUUAUAUGUUAAUAUAAAUUGUUAUACGUCAUUCCCAAAUUUUUAUUCAAACCCAAAUAUACUAUUCAAUGAGGUAUUUUAUUUAUUCUUGGAAAUUGUCUUGGCAUCUGUCAUUUUAAUUAUCAUAUUUCCAUUUUUCUUAUUCCACAUAUAUUUGACGUCUAAGAAUUAUACGACCCUUGAAUUUUGUGUGACUGGACAAUGGGAGAAGGGAAAUAUAUACGAUUUGGGAAUUGAAGAAAAUUUUAAACAAGUUUUAGGAGAUAAUGUUUUGUUUUGGAUUUUUCCUCUUGGAAAACCGAAAGGAAACGGGCUAUUCUACAAAACAGCUGAUCAGAUGGGUUAUAUAUAUAAAUGA